AUGUUUCGUCUCAAUGCUGUGUCCGAGGUGACCUAUGUGCAUCCCAGGGAUGAUAUCAAUGAUAAAGAAUUGCAGCAAUCUAAAUAUUCCGGAAAAACUUUACAACAAGCUCGUAUCAUAUUUUUCUUUCCUUCUUUGAAAGAAUUUGAACGAGAAUAUCAAGCAUUAGUGAAAGAUGUCGCAAUAGAUGUACAACAUUAUGCUUUGCAACUUGGUGUUGAUGUGGAAUUUGUGGAGCCAGUUACUGACAGCUUGGAUAUGGAAACUUUCCAGGCUAUGCUCAAUGUAUUCUCGAAGCAUACAUCAUAUCUUAUGUGCUUCCUGGGUGAUCGAUAUGGGAAAUGUAUUUUACCGAAGAAAAUACCAUUGGAAAAAUUUCAAGCAAUCCAAGCAGCAUUUUCAGAAAAAAGUAACGAACUUGAGCUAUUUUAUCAAUAUUACAAACGAUGUGAAGAAAUGGAAUCAACAGACUAUAAGCUUCUGAAUGAGCCCAUCAAUUCAGCUGAUCGAAAUACGCUCACAUCAAUUUUACAACAGGCUACUGAAAAGAUAUCACAAAAUGAUAAUAAUGAGCAGCAGCAGCAGCAACAACAACAAUCAGAAAUACCUCGAAAUCUUUUUCCAUCUGCUGCAGAACAAAUUACUCAAAUAGCAUUAAUUCAACCAAACAAAGUUGUAUUUUGUUUGCGGAACACAAAAGCCGAUAUACAGUCAAAAAACAGUACUGAUACAGCAAAACAAGUCGAUAUGGAAAGUGAGCAUAGAAAAAUUGAGGCAUUGAAGCAAACAGUUCUGUUAAGUGAAGCAUCGAUAAUUUCAUUAAAUAUGGAAUCAGAUGAAAGUACAGAUGACAAAUCACAGUUUAUUGGCCGAAAGAAUAAUAAUUAUAUUAAAUGGUUUAUAAAACAGGUAACAGAUCAUUUGCAAAAUUUUGUUUCCACAUUAAGUAUGCCACCAAUGCCAUCAAUUGAAGCAUAUUCUCUAGCAAAAAUUGAAAAUGAUGUACAUGUUGCAUUUGCUGAACGACAAUUACCGAAGAAAUGGCUGGUUCGAGAGAAUAUCGAUAAGAUGUUUAUUAAUUUAACAGUUGGAUCAGAAUAUGCGCAUGAAUUGUGGCAUGGAAUAUGUAUGACAUUAUGCGCCCUAACAGGUCAAGAUGCAGAACCAUUGAUAAAAUCAUAUCAUUUAUCAUCAACACUUGUUAUAUUGAAAUCAUUGCUGGAAAAGUUAAAUCGACCGGUAUUUAUAUUAAUCGAUGAUGCUAAUAUGAUCAAAUACGGACGAAUGAUGAGUAAUUUAGAUCAACAAUUCCGGAAAUGUUUAGCUAAUCUUGUUUUAAUAUGCACAACAGAUCAUCCGAUAGCAAUACGAUUUAUGCUUCAGCAACCUGUCCUGUUUGAAUUACCUGAUUUUACAAACGUAGACAUCAUGCAAUAUAUUAAUUUAAAUAUCGAUAAUAAUACACUGAACAAGCAACAAAUGGAUGAAAUUCAGGAUAUUACAGAAGCUAAUAACAAUAACAUUAUUAUUGCUCAAUUAUUACUAAAACAAAUUACUGAUGGAACUAAUCGUCCACUUGUUGGUGAUAUUGAUGAACGUUUUUGUCACGCUGAAAAUGAUAACGGUGUUUUGUUUGUACGAACAUUUGCGCAACUUUUAAUAGUUACGCCACAUGGGCUUACCACUUUGGAAAUUUUGGAUGCAUUAACGAUGAACGAUGAAUUGAAUGAUGAAAUUACUCCGAAUUCGUCAUUAUCAUUACGGCUUCAUUCAAUUAUUGAUAAACUCGGAUGCCUUAUUGUUGAAUUUGUGUAUGGAAAUCGUCUUGUUUACAAAUGGAGUCAUUUAUUCAUUAUAAAUAUAGCUCGUCGUCGUUAUUUGACUAAUCAGAAGGAAUUAAUAAAAGCUCAUGGAUUAAUUGCCCAUUUAUUUGCUGAUGUUAACAAUGUUCAUUCGAUUUGUUCAUUAUUACCUUCAUCAAAUGAAAUUCCAACAUUUCCACGACCAUUAAAACAAGAUGAUGGCACGGUAAACAUACGAAAAGUGCAUAAUUUAUGGUAUCAUCUACUCCAUACCGGUAACAUGGAUGAUCUGAAAAAGUUUGCUCUUUGUCAUUUCGAAUAUGUUGAAGCAUGCAUUCGUGCAUGCGGAAUUUUCCAGUUGCUAAGCAUUUAUGAAGAAUGCUGCAUGCAAGUGCUGCAUCACGAUAUACAGGUACUAUUUCAACAGAUUAUAUGUCCUUCAUUAAACACAAUUAUACGUGAUCGUGAUCAAUUGGCUGCUGAACUGAUCAAUAGAUUACAGUAUACGCAAGCAACAAAUAGUCAAUUUUUGAAUGUAAUGGUAGAACAAGCGAUGUCCUGGGUUGACAGAUAUCACGAUCGACCCUUAUUGGUGCCUUUGAGCUGUUGGAUACCACCAAAGAAAGUAGAAAGG